AUGGGUGCACCAAAAUCACUGACAGUGUGUCUGCUCUUUUCCAGCACGUGUUAUAGCCUUAGCAGAUUCUGUUCCAAGCUGAAACAUCUGGAUCUGACCUCCUGUGUGUCCAUUACAAACAGCUCCUUAAAGGGGAUCAGUGAGGGCUGCCGAAACCUGGAGUACCUGAACCUCUCUUGGUGUGACCAGAUCACAAAGGACGGCAUUGAGGCACUGGUGCGAGGCUGUCGAGGCCUGAAAGCCCUGCUCCUGAGGGGCUGCACACAGUUAGAAGAUGAAGCUCUGAAACACAUUCAGAAUUACUGCCAUGAGCUUGUGAGCCUCAACUUACAGUCCUGCUCACGCAUUACAGAUGAAGGCGUGGUGCAGAUAUGCAGGGGCUGCCAUCGGCUACAGGCCCUGUGCCUUUCUGGCUGCAGCAACCUCACAGACGCCUCCCUCACAGCCCUGGCUUUGAACUGCCCGAGACUUCAGAUUUUGGAGGCUGCGCGGUGUUCCCAUUUGACUGAUGCAGGCUUUACACUUUUAGCUCGGAAUUGCCAUGACCUGGAGAAGAUGGAUCUUGAAGAAUGCAUCCUGAUCACCGACAGCACACUCAUCCAGCUCUCCGUCCACUGUCCUAAACUGCAAGCCCUGAGUCUGUCCCACUGUGAGCUCAUCACAGAUGACGGGAUCCUGCACCUGAGCAACAGCACCUGCGGUCACGAGAGGCUGCGGGUUCUGGAAUUGGACAACUGCCUCCUCAUCACCGACGUGGCCCUGGAGCACCUGGAGAACUGCCGCGGCCUGGAGCGCCUCGAGCUGUACGACUGCCAGCAGGUUACCCGCACGGGCAUCAAGCGGAUGCGGGCUCAACUCCCUCAUGUCAAAGUCCAUGCCUACUUUGCUCCUGUCACCCCCCCGACAGCAGUGGGAGGAAGUGGACAGCGACUGUGCAGGUGUUGUGUCAUUCUCUGA